AUGGCAUCUGCUGGAGAAUCAAUUUUGGCUCUUACCGGAAAGAGAACGACCGGUCAAAGCAUCAGAUCUCAAAAUGUUACCGCCGCUGUUGCUAUCGCCAACAUCGUAAAGUCAUCCCUCGGACCAGUCGGUCUUGACAAGAUGCUUGUCGAUGACGUCGGAGACGUUAUUGUUACUAACGAUGGUGCUACUAUUCUCAAGCAACUCGAGGUUGAACAUCCAGCCGGAAAGGUUCUCGUCGAGCUCGCUCAACUUCAAGACGAAGAAGUCGGAGAUGGAACCACCUCUGUUGUCAUUGUGGCAGCCGAACUUUUGAAAAGAGCUGAUGAGCUUGUUAAGCAGAAGGUCCACCCAACAACCAUCAUCAACGGAUACCGAUUGGCGUGCAAGGAAGCUGUCAAAUACAUCAGUGAGAACAUCUCCUUCACUUCUGACUCCAUUGGAAGACAAUCUAUUGUCAACGCCGCCAAGACUUCCAUGAGCAGUAAGAUUAUUGGACCAGAUGCUGAUUUCUUCGGAGAGCUUGUCGUCGAGGCUGCUGAAGCCGUCAAAGUUGAGAACAACGGAAAGGUCACCUACCCAAUCAACGCUGUUAACGUUCUCAAAGCUCACGGAAAGAGUGCUCGCGAAUCUGUUCUUGUUAAGGGAUACGCUUUGAACUGCACUGUUGCCAGUCAAGCCAUGCCGCUUCGCGUUCAGAAUGCCAAGAUUGCUUGCCUCGAUUUCUCUCUUCAAAAGGCCAAGAUGCACCUCGGUAUCUCAGUUGUUGUUGAAGACCCAGCUAAGCUUGAGGCUAUUCGUAGAGAGGAAUUCGAUAUCACGAAGAGACGUAUUGAGAAGAUCCUGAAGGCUGGAGCCACCGUUGUUCUCACCACCGGAGGAAUCGACGAUCUUUGCUUGAAACAAUUCGUCGAAGCUGGAGCAAUGGCUGUUCGUCGUUGCAAGAAAUCCGAUUUGAAGAGAAUCGCCAAGGCCACCGGAGCCACUUUGACCGUCUCAUUGGCCACCUUGGAAGGAGACGAGGCUUUCGAUGCCUCUCUCCUCGGACACGCCGACGAGGUCGUCCAGGAGAGAAUCAGUGACGACGAGCUCAUUCUCAUCAAGGGACCAAAAUCUCGCACCGCCAGCAGCAUUAUCCUUCGUGGAGCCAACGAUGUGAUGCUCGACGAGAUGGAACGAUCGGUUCACGAUUCUCUUUGCGUUGUUCGUCGAGUUUUGGAGAGUAAGAAGCUGGUCGCUGGAGGAGGUGCUGUUGAGACUUCCCUCAGUCUUUUCCUGGAGACCUUCGCCCAAACUUUGUCAUCUCGUGAACAACUUGCUGUCGCUGAAUUCGCUUCUGCUCUUCUCGUCAUCCCGAAGGUUCUCGCCAGCAACGCCGCCAGAGAUUCCACUGAUUUGGUUACUAAGCUUCGCGCUUAUCACUCAAAGGCUCAACUCAUUCCACAACUUCAACAUCUCAAAUGGGCCGGUUUGGAUCUCGAGGCAGGAAACAUCCGCGAUAACAAGGAAGCCGGAAUCCUCGAGCCAGCUCUCAGCAAGGUCAAAUCCCUGAAGUUCGCUACGGAAGCCGCCAUCACGAUAUUGCGUAUUGACGACCUCAUCAAGCUCGACAAGCAAGAGCCAGCCGGAGGACAUGAUGAUUGCCACGCCUAA